AUGGUGAGAAAUCCAUUUAGACCCAACAAGAGCAACUAUACAAGAGUGAAGAAGGGCGCUUGGAGUGAGGAAGAAGAUCAGAAGCUCAUCGCUUAUAUCAAGAGAUAUGGCAUUUGGAACUGGACUCACAUGCCCACACCUGCUGGUUUGGCAAGAACUGGGAAAAGCUGUAGACUUCGGUGGAUGAACUAUCUGAGGCCUAACAUCAGGCAUGGAAACAUCACCAAAGAAGAGGAGGAUCUGAUCAUCGAGCUGCAUCGACUUCUUGGAAAUAAAUGGGCGGCAAUAACAGCUAGACUUCCUGGACGGACUGAUAAUGAAAUAAAGAAUUAUUGGAACACCCACUUGAAGAAACGUGUCGGCAACAGGAACAAGUUGCAAAUUCCGACCGCAUGUGUUAUUAAAGUUAAUCCCGAUCACAAUGACAGUUCAUCCCCUCCAUAUGCAUCUCUUCCCACCACUGAUACUCCGAAAUCAGAACCCCACAUUGGAUCUCAAGAUGAACUUCCAACAAUGAGUGCAAAUAGCUUCUGCACCUCUCAUGGAGUUCACCGUGAUGACAAAACCUUGGAGAAUAGUUGGUAUUCACCAUGCAGCAUGAUUGAAGAAGAAGAAAGCUUGUGGGAACAAUUUCUUGUGCUGAGAGAUCUUGAAUUUUUAGUGAAUUUCGGUGGCACAUACAUGCAUUCAGGAGCUACGGACUCCGCCCUUGUGUGCAUGUAAAAGGAGCUCAUGCAUCACAGCGGUUCCUGUGAAGAAUUCAUCAUGGAUUUAUGGUAAAAAUAUGAUUGCUGAAGGCAGUUGUACGCAGAUGAAGAGGUGCCGU